AUGUGCAGAGGGCCAAUUGCAGCAGCGGAGCUGGACGGAGCGAGGUUUAGGAAGCCAUGGUCCAAGUUCGCUCUCGUCCCUGGUCAGCUUUUUCCUUCUGACGUGCCGUAUGGCAUCCCAGACGAGGCCUUCGCCGACUUUCUUGCGGAAGCGUCGACGAAAUCGAGCGAGCACCAAGACAAGGAUGGGGAGAAGCUAUCAGAACCGAACCUUCCUGGUCUCGUCCCGCUGGCCCCGUGCAUUCCCACCGCCGCCAACGGCAAGGCCUCCGACACGCCUUGCCCUCGCGCUGGCGACGAGGACGAAGAAGGCGACGAUGACGACGACGACGAUGACGACGAUGGCGAUGAUGGCGACGACGACGACGAUGGCGACGACCAUGACGACGAGGAGGAGGCAGGGGACGACGAUGGCGAUGGCGACCAGGGGGACGAUGGCGGGGAUGACGAUGCGGACGGGGAGGGGGAGGAAGAGGGCGGGGAGGAAGAAGGAAACGGGCAGGAAGGCGAGGGAGACGAAGAGGAUGGUGAUGAGGAUGUGGAGGAGGAAGGGGACGAGGAGGACGGCGAUGGGGACGGGGACGACGGCGACGAGGAGGAGCAAGGGGAUGAAGGGGACGACGAUGGCGACGAGGGGGAUGAUGAUGACGACGUUGAUGCUGGUGACGACGACGAUGACGGUGACGGUAACGAUGACGAUGACGGAGAUGAUGACGAUGACGAUGAUGACGAGGACGCCCCUGCGCCUAAGAAAGCCAGACAUUGA